AUCGCAGGAUUGAAACUCGCUAUUAUGCCAAUGGGUAACGUAUGUAAAUGUCAAAUCAACGAUUAUCUCACGCGUCAUUUGCGCCAUUUGUAACAAUAAUCCGUUAUAAUCGUGUAAUUUCGCCAAUCGCCAAAUUGUAGUUCUAUUAAUUGUUAAAAUUUUAAAUUUUGUUCGAUUGUUGUUAUUCAUUGCGAUUUAAUGAUGGCAGAAAUCGAUGAUUUAAAACGCCUUGAAGAUCAAUUAUAUGUAUAUUACCCCAGAUUGAAGCAAGAUAGUGAAGGUUUGAAGUUAGAACGACGUAAGCAGUUGUUUAUGCAGUUAAGGUCAAGUUGCCCUGUGGUGCAAUUGCCAACAUUCGAUGCGGUAUCUUCUCUUACAAACAUAAAGUAUCUUUUAGAAAAGUGUCAGGAUUGUAUGAUCGAUCAGUGUGGAAACUAUUCAGAAAUGGGGGAGGAAAUCCCCCCUAUGUCACUUUUGGAGUUGAGUGGCGAUGAGCUCUCAGGGAACCAAAAAUUCAGACACCCGUCACGCAAACGAAAGUCUAGUUUUGCAUUAAUCCAUCCCUCUGAAAUUGAAGAAUCUCGAAAUGGUUUUAAGGAACAGGAUUCACCAAUCUCAUUAUCCAUAUUAAUACCUCAAGUAGUAAAAGGCUCAGAUAAAAUGGAAAUUUCGAUUGAUUUAGGUGGUAUUGAUGCUUCUCAACGAUUAUUUAGUAGUCGUGUUGACGGAUUAUUGCGCAAUCGUUCAAAUAGUACCAAUAUGAUAGAAGAAAAGCCCAGUUCAUGUAACAAAAAUAAGAAUUUACAAUUGUCCGUCGAGGCAUCAAAUAAUCUCGAAACUGUUCCAGAAAAUAAUGAGAAGCAGGAAGACGAAGUGUUAUCCCGUUUGAUAUCGCAAGUGCUGGUAGACAAUCAACAGUCUGAGACUUUGCAAGCGACCAGCGUACUUGAUAAUAUAAACAAUAAUGAAAGCACUAACUAUGAUGCUUACGUCCCAGUUCCAAUUGAAACAUCGAAGGAAGAGACUAAAAAGAAGAAACGACAACCCAAACAGAAAAAAACCAUAGUGGAAAAUGGUCCACCUAAAAAACGUGGACGAAAACCCAAGAAAAUCUCCAGUAAGAAAGGCACCGUAGAAAAUGCCGGUGUGCCUAAAAGUGAUUUGGCUAAAUACGUUGAACUUUUUUCCGACACAUGCAAUAUGGCAGGAUCAGCAACACCAGCUGCAUCUUCGACAAUAUCGCAACAGUUGGUGACCUCAACGACGCAUUACCUAGACUCAAAUGAGCAACAACCUAUCACGUACUACCUUGAAGGUGAUUGGGAGAAUGGAGGCAGCUGCCAACUAAUACAAACAGAAAGUGCUCAAAUCGAUAGUGGCCAGGAAGAAUUCAACAUGGCUGAGUUGGUAAAUUACAUUGACAACGUAGGAGACACUGCAAAUGUUAUUGCGCGCGUUCUAGAUGGACCAGCUACGCAACCCAUUAUGGUACAAGAUUCACAAUCACAAAACAAUACGGUUGUUCCCCCGCCAGCUCAUAUAUCUGAUGUUUUAUUAGAUUUAUCUAAAAAAUCCACUAUAGCUCCAGAUGUUACUAAUAAGGCGGUCGUAGUUGCUGAUCAAGAUUUAUUACCUCUAGAUUUAUCUUUGAAAUCGUCUAGGUUAAACGAGUGUUCUAUUGCCAUUAAUAAUGGUUUGAUGCCUUUGAAAAGUGCUGUUGCUUUAGGAAAGUUGGGGACUGCGACAGAAGAGGUCUUCAAUAACAAUGAUUACGAUUCUUUUGGAGCAGCACUGGAUAUGCCACUUAUAGACAUUGAGGGCAAUAUUGAUGCAUUCAUGAAAUUGACCGAUAGCCCAGUGAUUACCUCAGCAACGGAAAAAGCCGCUCCUUCAGUAGUUUGCACUUCAUCUAUUGGGGCGAACACUAGUAAUACAUUACCUGACCCUGAUUUUGAACUCAAUGAAGUUCUUUUAAAUAUCAAUAAAAGGGUAAACUCUUCAGAACAUGGUCAAAGCGGUAACGAUGGUAUUACUGAAAUGUCCCAAAUCGAUAAAAGCGCGGAGCAUCAACAUUCUGAUAGCGUCAAUGCCCUUGAGGACUCGUUUACCUCUAUUCAUCCUAACGCGAGUUCAACUCAAGAAAUUCCUAUAAGAGAAAGUUAUAAUAAUACAGUUUUGGAUAAUACUAUUAAGGAAACUAACAUCUCACAUAAUGAGUCGUCGAAAUCAGAAGAUAUUGCAACUUGUGGAACUUGUAAAGAUAAAAUAGAAAAUCAUAUUUCUUCGCAAUGUGUGGAUCAUGUUGAUGGAGAUUCAAGUGAUAAGUCUUCUCUUGAUUUUCUGUUCGUGGACACUGAAUCUCUUUUAGCCAAUAAAACGAAAAUUUCUUACGAUGAAUCAGCUAUUAUUUCAGAACUUGAUACCCCCGGGGAACAUUUAACUAGGACCAAGCACGACCGAACUGCUAACGCUGCUGAUGAGCCACAAAACUUCGAGGAUAAUGAUGAGAUUUCUGGUGAUUUGUCCACAGAAUACGAUCAUUCUAAGAGUAUUGAUUUGGUAGAGGACAAUCAGGAGCAUCAUGUUAGGGUUCAUUUACCAAUGCCACAGUUAACUUUGAUGGAAAAUAAUUCCGAAGAUUUCAACUACGAGUAUGGGUUUGGAUUGGAAAACAGUGAAGAAAGGGAGGCUAUUUUCGAGGAGGCAGAAAAACAGCAACACGAUGAAUCCCAACAGGAGAUUAGUGAUGGAGGGGAUGCAAGUAAAUUGUUUAAAAAUAAGGGGGCUGGCAAGGUUUGCAGUGAUUCUGGUAUAGAAUGCUCUAUAUUUAGCACUGAGUCAAUAACGAAAACUCCAUUAAUGUCAAUCGAUGUUUCUGAUGCAACUGAUGUUGAACGUAUCGAUAAAAACAAAAAGGAGGAAAUUACUUUCGAAGAAAAACAUGUUACAGAAAAUGAACACAAAGAAACUUCUACUUUUGAGGAUUCUGCUGUAUGUUGCGAGCAAGUAUAUGGCAAUGAAAACAAUAAAUUGGAAACAGGAACAAAAGAGCUGAAGCAACGCAAUUACCUUGAACGGAACGAAAAUGUCAACAUAUCCGGCUAUAAAAAAUUGAAUUUAGAAGGACCUGAAGACGUAAUGCAAUUAAAGCAGAACUGUACAGAAUCAGAUAAGACGCUGUUUAAAACAGCACCGGAUAGGGUUGAUGAAGCUGAUCCUCUUCCAGGCUUGUCUGUGUUGGAAAUGGACUCGAAACUCGAUGAUGUAUGCCUAGAUUUUGACGAAGAAAUCGAAGAUGACGCACUUUCCUUGGCCACAUCCUGUUUUAAUUCCUCAGAUGAUGAGCGUUGUCCUGAUCUUAAUAAAACCUCUCUUGAAACCGCUUCAAAUAAAAUUAACGAAGAUAACGAUUCAAAGACGAUUAGUAGUAUGGAAAAUAGCGAAAAAUUAGACGAUACAAUUAGGGCUAUUAAAGUAGAACCCACUCCACCAACUGACGCGUCAAGUGAUAUUUUGAAAAAAUUUAAAAUACCUAAAAUUUCUAUGACCACAGCAACGGUGAAGCACGGCAAUCCGGCAGCCACUGUGGUAACCGCAGCACCUUUACCCAUGGUCAUACUGCCCCCAAACGUAUUUAACAGACAGCUCAUUAAAACGGUACCGGACACCAUUAAACCAUCGAACUUCGAAAAGAUAACUCGGACUGUCCAAAAUGUGUGUGCGGUAACACCCUUAACGCUACAAAAUCUGAAUGGCCCCGCAACUUUUUCCCAAAAUUCUUUUGUCACAGUGCCACCGCUUAUUCGGGACAUGCUGCAAUUAGCGCCGUCCAUUGUCAAUGACGACGAGCAAGAAUUAAAAUCCUUCAAUACAAAGCAAGUACCUUUUAGCCGUGGAGAAAUUGCAGGCAAUGGAGGCGAUGGUAAGAAUUAUGGGCCGCCCACAAUCGUCGUUGCUAAAACUUUUGGUGUCACAUGUUUGCCGUUCCUGGUAAGAAGGUGUUUUACGUUGACAUCCUGUAAGUUCUCGCACUCAUUUCUUGACCCGGAAUCAGUCAGAAAUGUUUUGAACACAUUGUCAGAGGUGGACCUAAAUAUAGCAUAUAAAUUUGCCUAUAAACAUGAAUUAGUAUUUCGCCAAUAUAUACGCGAAUUUUGUAGGGUCUAUUUUGAACGAAACAAUCGAAUGAAGUUAUUGCACAUGGUGCGUGACUGUGAGCGGUAUAAAGGCGGCGAAGAGAUUUUGAUUACAAUAUUCCACAACCUGCUGUACUGUGGGUUGAAUAAGGUCAAUGCCUGUCGGCAAAUCUUAAGCUAUAGUCGCGACAGAUCACGAUCUACUAUAGAUGCGUUGCUAAACAUAAUUUUUGAAGCGGACUGGACUAUGUUUUGUGACUACAUCGAGAAAUUUAGCGAUAUUCCCUCUUACCAUUUUCGACUGAAUGUCCUACAUCAGAUGGCAUCGACAAUUUUGCGGACGAACGAUCAACGAAUGACAUCGCUAUUCUUUAAGUGUCUUGUAAAUUUGGAUCCUAACGAUGUCGGACUCGUUCAGACCUCUCCAAUUCUUAUGCAAUUGUUGGAGUUAAUAAAGAAUGGACAAGUUUGUAGAUAGGUGCGUGAGCGUGUCAUGGUACUGAGCUGGAUGUACAUACAUUUAUUAUUUUUUCUUUACCGUUUAAAAGACUUACCGACCUAUAGAGGUAUUAAAAUUCAAAGGAUAAAAUUCUUAUGUUUAUUUCCCAGUUUAAUAAUUAUUGCCUCUUGGCAAUAAAAUGGAUUUACAUUGUACUUUAUGAUAGAAAAAUAUUUAUUUAAAGUAUUAUUUCAUCGAACAGAAUUGUUGUAGAAAGCUGAAUAAAAUAAAAACUUUUAUACAUACA